AUGGACAUAAAAUCAGUGAAAUUCGAUGAGUACAAUCCUCAAACAGAUAGUUGGGACAAUUAUCUAGACCGUUUAAAAUUUUGUUUCGAGGCUAACGGCGUCAUAUUAGAUUCUGCUAAAAGAGCAAAUUUUUUCACAGUGUGUGGUUCACGAGUUUACGAAACAUUACUUGCAUUAAUUACUCCAAAAAAAGCGGUUGAUGUGACAUUCAGUGAAAUAGAAACAAUUUUAACAAAUCAUUAUAGCCCAAAACCUAACGAAAUUUCUGUGUCUUAUAAAUUUUAUAAUUGCAAUCAAAAACGUGAUGAAGGUGCUUCAGAAUACAUUGCUCAUUUACGAAAACUAAGUUCGGGGUGUAACUUUACUGAUUUAGAAAGAAUGUUACGGGAUAGACUGGUAUGCGGUAUGUGUGACAGUAAACUGCAAUAUGAGUUAUUGAAACGAGACAAUUUGCGUUAUCAAGAUGUAGUUGAUGCGAUGUUAUCAGCCGAAAGUGCAGGGCGAGAUGUUCGUAUGAUUCAAGGCAACACAACAGGAGCUAUGACUCAGUCAGAACUAGCAUUACCAUACAGUUCAGCGAGUGGUACAAGUGAACCGAUGGAUAUAAAUGCUGUACAAUCAAGAGCAAAUGUCCGCUUUUGUUAUCGUUGCGGUGACCGCCAUUCAGGAGAAUGUCGUUUUGUAAAUACAGUGUGUCGGUAUUGCAAGAAAAAAGGACAUUUGGAGAAGAUUUGCAUAAGUAAGAAGAGGAAUUCUUCUCAGCAAAUAAAGUUUAUAUCAGAAGCAGAUGAUCAUUUAAAUGGAGUUUAUUGCGUUCAUACUAAUAGCCGUGUCCCACCAUACGAAGUUGAGUUGUCACUUGCAGGCGUACCAAUCCAUAUGCAAGUUGAUACAGGAGCUAGUUUUUCGCUAAUUAACGAGCAGACAUGGCACAUACUACACUCUCAAUUAUCGGAUGCUGUGUUACAACCUAUUGCAAUAUCGUUGCGGACCUGGACUGAAACACCGGUCAAACUUCUUGGGCAAAUUACGUUGCCUGUGUGUUACAAGAAUAUUUCGAAGGACCUAUGUGUUAUUGUAGCGAAGGGUAAUGGGCCCAACCUUCUGGGUCGAGACUGGCUGAACCCUCUUAACAUUACUAUGAAUGUCAAUUAUGUUUCCAGUGCUGAGUUAUUGGAAAUGGAUAGUGUAUUAUUGAAACAUAAAGAGGUAUUCAAAGAUGGACUCGGUACAUACCGUGGACAUCCAGUAACAAUACACAUUAAACCAGGAGUUAUUCCAAAAUUUGUAAAAGCACGUCCUGUACCAUUUGCUAUAAAGCAAAGAGUAGAGAUGGAAAUAGAUCGUCUAGAAAGGGAAGGAGUUUUACAUCCAACGACUUUUUCGGAGUGGGCCACACCAGUUGUGCCAAUAAUAAAAAAAUCUGGUGAGAUUCGUUUAUGUGGAGAUUACCGCAGUACAGUUAAUGAAGCAACAGAGUCGGAUAUUUAUCCCAUGCCCACGGCAAAUGAAGUCUUCGCUACCAUAGCUGGAGGAAGAUUUUUCACAACUUUAGACCUAGAUAGAGCUUACACACAAGUAGUUGUGGAUGAUAAUACGUCAAAGCUUCUAACAUUAAACACGUGCAAGGGUUUAUAUACAGUGCAUAGGUUGGCCUUUGGGGUAAAAGCAAGUCCAGGAAUUUUCCAGCGCUUAAUGACUUCUUUACUGGCUGGCAUUCCAGGAGUGGCAGUUUUGAUAGAUGACAUAAUCAUAUGUGGUCGUACUAUGUUAGAAAUGCAAAAAAGAUUAGAUUUAGUACUAGAUCGAAUUGAAGGGGCAGGAUUACGCUUAAAUAAAAUGAAAUGUCAAUUUGCUAAAGAAAAAGUCGAAUUUUUAGGCUAUGUUAUCGAUUCUGAGGGAAUACAUCCUGCACCAAGUAAAGUCGAAUCUAUAGUAAAUACUCCAGCACCCAAAAAUAAACGAGAACUGCAAGCAUUUCUCGGGUUGUACAAUUUUUAUGAAAGGUUCAUACCUCAUAAAGCGACAAUAUUUGAACCAUUGCAUCGAUUAUUAGACUCUUCACAGACAUGGACAUGGUCUGAGCGUGAGCAAAGUUCAUUUGACAUGGCUAAAAGCUUACUCGCAUUUGAUUUAACUCUAGUUCAUUAUGAUGUAAAUAAGCCAGUAGUUCUUACCUGUGACAGUUCGGAAUAUGGGGUAGGAGCAGUAUUGUCACAUGAAAUGGAGGAUGGCCAAGAACGGCCAAUAGCAAUGGCAUCGAGAACCCUUCAUGCACAUGAACGACGUUAUUCUCAGUUAGAUAAAGAAGCCACAUCAAUUAUGUUUGGCAUUAAAAAAUUUCAUAAUUACCUCAUGGGUCGUAAUUUUCGGAUAAUUACGGACCACAAACCAUUGCUUGGUAUAUUUAACCCUAAAAAACCAAUGUCAAAUAUGUUGUCUCCUCGAUUGACGAGGAUUGCGAUUGCUUUAAUGUCUCAUGAUUAUGAGAUUGUAUAUAAACCGGGAUCACAAAUAGGUAAUGCAGACAGUCUAAGUCGAUGGCCACAUCCAGUCAACGAACAACCAGAACAACAGUUGUCUGAAGUUUUGUUGAUGGCUGAGACUCCAGAGGAUUUUCCAUUUAAUGCUAAAGACAUAGCUAUAGAAACGAAACGCGAUAGAACUUUAUCUCAGGUUAUUUAUUAUGUUCAACGUGGUUGGCCUGCUAGAAUAACAGACGCAGAUUUACGCCCAUUUUGGCUGCAUCGUGCAGAGUUAUCACUACAAGAGGACUGUAUAUUAUUGGGCUGCCGUGUAUUAGUACCAAAAUUAAUGCGCCGUAAAACUUUAGAAAUGUUGCAUAAAACACACACAGGGAUAGUGCAAACAAAAGCACUUGCAAGGAGCUAUGUGUGGUGGCCAAAUCUUAAUGAGGAUAUAGAGACACUGGUAAGAGGCUGUCCGAAAUGUUUAGAGAAUCGCCAUAUGCCUCAAAAAUCCAGUCAUGUAUGGAUUACACCCACAAAACCAUGGUCAAGGAUUCAUAUUGAUUUUGCUGGACCAUAUCAUAAAAAAUAUUUUUUAAUCAUAGUGGAUGCAUACUCACGCUGGCCAGAAUUAUUUAUGGUAAAUAACACUACCUCAUCGACAGUUAUAAGACUUUUGAGAACAACAUUUGCAACACAUGGCUUAUGUGAAGUGAUGGUUUCUGAUAAUGGACCAUCAUUUGUCUCAAAAGAAAUGAAUGAAUUCCUAAAAGCUAAUAACAUACGUCAUAUAACUACAGCACCAUACCACCCAUCUACAAACGGGUUGGCAGAGAGAAUGGUACAGACAAUUAAGGACAAACUGUGCAAAAUGGAGGAUCUAGCAUGGGACACUAAAAUACCAAAUUUGUUGCUUGGUCUUAGAGUUACACCAUGCACCGCAACCAAUAAGAGCCCAUCUGAACUACUAAUGAAGAGAUGUUUACGUACACUUUUAGAUACUAUACAUCCAGAUUCAGCAAAAACUGAGAAAAUCGAAAAACAAAUUAUCAAUAACAGUCAGAGGAAAAACAGGGAAACUAAUGUAGGUCAGGAGAUUAUGUACCGCAAUUAUAGCAGUGCUGGCCCAAGAUGGCUGCCAGGAAAAGUUAUUAACAAAAAAGGGCCAUCAAGUUAUGAGAUCAGAACCAAUAAUGGUAUAAUAAUCAAUAGACAUAUUGAUCAGUUAGUUAAAAAAGGGCCUAAUAUUAGUUGUGAGGAUUCUGAAAUGCAGGAGGGACAAAGAAUGAUUAGAACCGCUGAAUCAGUAGAGGGUGUAUGUCCUGAGAGUUCAGAUAGUGUCAACAAUGAAGAAAAUCAAGAAAGUAGUCAAGACACUGAUAUAAUAAUUGAGAUUCCAGACUCUAAUAAAUGGGCAGAGAUGUUAGGAAUACCACCCACAGCAGAGACAACACUUCCAACAAGUAGAAAGAUAAAACAUAAGUCAAGUUUACAUUCUAAAACACCAUAUGAAAGAUCAAACACUAAUAGAGAAAAUCUUUAUUUAUCUUAA